GCAGCAGCUGCCAGUGGGGUAUUAAUGGAAAAGGGAUCAGAUAGAGAUAGAGGACGGCGGUUACUGUCCUACUAGAGCAGGCAGGCGCACGACGAUGAUCUGCUACCGAUGCCGAUGAUUCUUCAUUCAAUUCUCCAUUAAUUGUUACAUACAAUUUCUGCGCUAAUCGUCCUUCAACUAAUUACUGCUGCAUUCGAAUUACGGCUUCCUGUUGGGAUCUAUGGCGGAGAGGAUCUACGACGCGGUCAUUCUAGGGGCUUCCGGCUUCACCGGGAAGUAUGUCGUUCGAGAGGCGCUGAAAUUUCUGAAUACUCCUAAUUCCGCGCUCAAAUCGCUAGCCCUAGCCGGCCGGAGCACGUCGAGGUUAUCCGAAGCCCUAAAAUGGGCGGCCGGCCCCAAUCCGCCGCCCAAAGUUUCUCUCCUCACCGCCGACACUUCGGAUCCGAGCUCCCUCGCGCGCCUCGCCGCGCAGACGAGGCUUAUACUGGACUGCGUCGGGCCGUUCCGGCUCUACGGCGAGCCUGUUGUGGCGGCCUGCGUCGAGUCCGGCUGCGAUUAUUUGGACAUCAGCGGUGAGCCGGAGUUUAUGGAGAAGAUGGAGGCGCUGUACCACGAUAAGGCGGCGGCAAGCGGCGCUUUGGUGGUGUCGGCGUGCGGAUUCGAUUCUGUUCCGGCGGAGUUAGGGUUGAUGUUUCAUUCCAAGCACUGGUCCGGGACCUCGGCUCCUAAUAAGGUAGAGGCGUAUCUGAGUCUGGAGUCGGAUAGGAGAAUUGUGGGGAAUUUUGGGACGUACGAAUCGGCGGUCCUGGGAGUUGCCAACGCUAGCAAGCUCGCGGAGCUGAGAAGGUCCAGGCCUAGAAGGGCCCGGCCGCAGAUUCCAGGCCCUUCAUCAAAAGGGACUUUGAUUGAACACCAGAAAGACAUAGGCCUGUGGGGAUUGAAGCUCCCGUCAGCGGAUUCUAUUGUGGUGAGAAGAACACUCUCCACGCUGACGGAGAAUCCCCAAGGAUUACCCGGUGUCAACGAGACUGCCGAGCAUGCUGAAAAGAGGGCAAGUUUCUGGGAAUCUAUGAAGCCAGCUCAUUUCGGGGUGAAGCUUGGGCAAAAGUCAAUACUCGGUUUAUUCCCUGCUAUUGUGCUCGGAGUAUUCCUUGGCCUUCUGACCAGAUUCUCACUAGGGAUAUGGCUUCUGCUGAAAUUCCCAUCAUUUUUCAGCAUGGGAGCAUUUAGGAAGACUGGACCUUCCGAGGAAGAAGUUGCCAGCGCCUCCUUCAAGAUGUGGUUUGUCGGACAGGGAUAUUCAGACAUAAGCUUAGCGUCCAAGGGGAAGAAGAAACCGGACACUGAAGUGAUAACAAGGGUAAUGGGACCAGAGAUCGGGUAUCUAACAACUCCGAUAAUUCUAGUUCAGUGUGCACUUGUGCUGCUCCAUAACCGCGACAACCUGCCAAAAGGAGGGGUUUACACCCCGGGGAUAGUCUUUGGCCCGACGGACCUGGAAAAGCGGCUACAAGAGAAUGGCAUAUCGUUCGACUUUAUUUCAAAGAAGGCUCUUUCUUCCUGAGUCCAGUUUUCAUCUCAUAUUGUUCAUCCGAGUAUAAUAAUCUUGCCUCCCUUUGAAAUAUUAAAGCUUUCUUUGCUUUAUGUUUUUCCAACACCACUUUCUUCUGAUGUUACUCAUGCCAUUUGAUGUAUUCAAAUUCACUAAUUCCAGUUUCAGAGACAGCCCACAUAUGCAGAGUGUUCUUAAUGUUGAUAGGAUUGGAUAACAAUACAAUUUAUUUAUGUUAGAUAGAACUAUGGAAAUGGACAAGGAGGGAAAGGGUCCUAUGUUUCUUUAAUACAUGAUCGAAUAAUUUCCUGAAGCUUGAGUUCUGAGUCUCCAUUACCAUCCCUAACCAGACAGGCUCUCUCUUUAAUCUGUUUGGCUCUAUCCCUUACCUUCUCGUCCAUCAUCACCUCCAUGAUCUUAUCUGCAAUCUCAUCUCUGCCCACCAAUUUCUGGCCACCCCAACCCCAAUCCCUGCUGCUCCACAGCCCCAACCCUAUCUUCUCAACAACCUCAGCAUUAAUCUUCUGAUCCCCAUGUAAUGGCCAGGCCAAAAUGGGCACCCCCAAUCUGGCUGCUUCCAUCACUGAAUUCCAUCCACAGUGGCUCAUAAACCCUCCUAUUGAUGGGUGUCCCAAAACCUGAUCUUGAUCCACCCAACCCUUCACAACCAGCCCCUUGGAUUGUGUUCUUUCAAGAAAUCCCUCACCAAUCAACUCUUCUACUUCUUGGUUGUCUUCUUUGUCCACUUUGCUGCCCUUUAGCACCCACAGGAAGUUGCAGCCACUCUUCUCUAGCCCUGCACCUAAUUCUCUUAUUUGUUCCUUUGACAGAGCUGUCCUGCUGCCGAAGCUAAUGAAGAGUACUGAUUCUUGAGCUUGCUGGUCCAGCCAUGGAAGAUUGGAUCCUCCUUGUACAGUUUGUAAUGGCUGGAGGGGUCCAACAGGAAGGAUGGGUGCUAAUCCAGUGCCAUUCAGGGCCUCAAUUGCUUCUGAUUCAAACCAGGUAAAUGUGUUGAGGAGAAUGCCUUUUAGUUUAGGCAUGGGAAGAGUAUUUUCAGCAAUAGUAGCUGAAAAGAAAUGAUUGGGAUUGAGCAUUGGUGGAGGAAUGCUCGAGACAGGAACUUGACCUAAACCAGGAACAUCAAUGGUGCCGCCAUUGACGUCCCCUGCUGCUAAUAGCAGAGAAAGGUUAGCCAUAAGGCAGAAAAACCUAGCAGAAGUAGUAAUCAAUGUAUAAGUAGGAAUGGAAAGAUCUUCAGUAAUCCGGGCGAUGCUGCCGAGGACGGGAAGGUCUGAGACUACAGCAGACAGAGGCGGUGAUAGAGAGGACAAAACAGGACGAAGGAGAUGAGUCGAUUUGUCAAUGGCUUCGAACUGAACGAAGAAAGGAUCUUCGUUAAUGAAGUUCGAUUUCUUGUAAGGCAAGAGAUGAAAAUCGAUGCGUUUGAUUUCGGGAUAGGCGGCGAAGAACGCCGAGAGAUGAUCUGACUCGGUGGCGCUGACGGUGGGAUGGGCGGCGAUGAUGGAGACUGCGCAGCCGCGCGCGGCGAGCAUGGCUGAAAGGCGGAGGAAGGGGAUCAGGUGGCCCAUCCCGGCAGAUGGGAUUAGAGCUACAUGAGGAUGAGGAUGGUGAGGUGUGGAAGCCAUUUUUGGAAGAAGGAAGCAAAAGGUGGCGUUUGCGGUGUGAGGGAACUCCACAUGUGACGUGUUUUCCUCGCUCAGCUUGAUUGCACUUUCAGUACAGCAUAUAAAAUAAAAUAUGGGUGUAUGCUGUACUGCUGAUGUGGAGAUCAUGGUUCGAAUCCGACGUCCUCGAUUCUACUUGCUUACAUAAGGGUGUGUUUGUUUGGGGGUUUGGAUUUUGGAUUGGGAUUUGAAUAGUAAAAAUUUUAAAUUUGAAUAGUUGUAUAAUGUGAUAUAAAUAGGGUUUGAUGUGAUGUUUUGAAUGUAAAAUUGAUUUUUAGUAUAAUAUAAAAAAUGAAAAAUAAAUGUUUGAUUUGA